CACUGGGUGUCUUCGCGAAGAUUUUUAGCCGCCGACCAAACAAAAAAUUAUCGAAAUUCGAUUUUUGGACAUGGCAACGCUGUCUGGGAUUGACAACACUGGUGUGUCACAGCUGUCACUGAUAUGUUAAAGUGGGAGUUCUUCUCUCGUCUUUAUCUAUGGUUCUUCUCGUAUUUUCUUUUAUGGUUCUUCUCAACUUUCUUGAUUUCCUGAUUAAUAGUGAUUUUGUUAAAUAAAUAGUUUCCAAGGUUUCAAUUUUACUUCAAAGUGGUCAAAUAUCCAUCAUUCGUAGUCCCUGAGCAUGUCAUGGAUCGUCCCAAUAUUCCGGGCCAAAUUGGAUAUUUAACGUUGAACUCCGAGGGGGCUGUUCUGUGCAGUGGGGGCGAUUUGGAGAAUGACGAAAAGACCGCAGUCGUUUUGCAGUCAUUGAUUGGGCUGGCGCAUUCCAGACUGGACCACAAGGCCUUUGACCAGGAUUUCAAGCGACUGAGUGUUGUGUUCGACGACCACGCUUAUGUCGUGUGUUUGAGCAAUAGGAAGGUACACAUAGUGAAACGUCAGCUAAGGGCGGCUGAAUAGUUCAGGAGAACGACAUGCUUUUUAUCAUUUACUUGACUAGUCAAAAGUUUUUGCGGCUGAUCAUUUUGUUAGGGGCCAGCAGCCUUCUACUGUACCAGAUGGUUUCUGAAGUGAUGGAGAUCGCUGUACGUUCUCGUAACUUGCUGGAGAGCUAUUAGCUUAAGGUCAUUGAGUUGUUAAGAACAGCACAAUGUAUGUAUAUUUUCUGUAUUUGAAUGUAUCAAUAAACCUUUAUUCAGUCAA